CCUCUGCUCCCCUGCACUGACCCGCGCAGCCUCGAACUGCCUCAACGCGCUCUCCGCCAUUCUCAGUCUCCCGUUUUAUUGCUCUAAUGGACAAAGCCAGUCGAGUAUUGGCACAAGGCCUUCCACCCAGCGUGCCUACAUCUUACCGUGUUCUAGCAGAUCAUGGCGAUGUCCCUCGCUCUACCCUCCAUUAUCGUGCAUGUAGCCGCCGCUCGAUGGAAGGUAAAGCCCAAAGUCAACACCCGUGCGAAUCAAGUUAUACCUUUCUUAGCCUUCUGCGUUACCCGCCAGCAGCCCGAAAUAGAUCGGCCACUUAAGCCACCAAGUAAGAACUGGGCUCGAGCCUUCGAGAAACGUUAUCUAGAAACGCAAGCGAGAAGGGUUAAGGCACUGGACUAGGGCCGCCACGAGAAAAACAUUUACUGGAAGAUCAUGCAUUAGUUCAAGGUAAUUAGGAGGGUGUUAUAAGACCCGGCCGUUUUAGUAGAAAAUGUUUAUAAUAUAGACAAGACUGGCGUUAUGCUAUUAAUGCUAGGCUCGGUUAGAGGAGUCAGUUCGUGGUAUC